AAGAUCUUAUUCUCUGUUCUGUCUUUUCAACACUCGAGUCUGUCUGUCUGUCUCUUCUACGCAGCCGCGACUCCUUCUGUCUCCACCGCUCUAUAAUCUCCCCUGCGAUCAAUAAGGACAUUUUCUCCGAUGGAAGAGAGUGAUGCUGUUCCAAAACCAGUUGUUGUUGAUCCUCCAUUAUACGACGAAGCUUCUCCGUCAGCUUCUCAGCGCCGUCCGGUGGUGAUCGCCGCCGAUGCAGCUCCUCCGGCAGAAAAUCAUCUCAUUCAAAGGAUUCAAAGAGCUCUUGUGGAAUUGCGCGAGUUGAGAAAUCAGUUUAAUGCCAUUCUUAGGGAACUAGAAUUCGAAGUGGGAGAAGAAGAAGAGCAAGCGGAAUCAUCAGUGGAAGAUCCAGAGGACUCUGAUUCUUAGUUUGUUUAUUAGACUUUUUUUUUUUGUUUCUUCACUAGUAACCUAUUUCUAUCAUGUUUCUAUCUCUCUGCCCCUCAUGAUUUCCUGCGGUAAUUAUCUUUAUCACUCUAAAUCAUCAAAGCCAACCCUUAACAGAUCAAUAAGUCUACUAAAAGAGAAAUUACAAGUUUUUUUGAAGGAAGAAUCAAACACAUUCCACAUAACAUAUAAUAUGCAG